AAUCAUCCAACGCUACCUACUCUUAUUGCCGGUCUUCUUCUUCUACUCGUUUUGCAACUGAUCCCCCGCCCCAUCUCUCAAGGAAAGAACAAGAAAAAAAAAUGGCAGCAGAAAAGCCCAACUCCAUCUAUGACAUCACAGUCAAGGAUAUGAGCGGCAGUGAUGUGAGCCUGAGUACUUACAGUGGGAAGGUUCUUCUUAUAGUCAAUGUUGCUUCUAAAUGUGGAUUAACUCACUCCAACUACAAGGAGAUGAAUGUUUUGUAUGAGAAGUACAAAGAUAAAGGUUUCGAGAUACUGGCAUUUCCAUGCAACCAGUUUGCCGGUCAGGAACCUGGAAGCAAUGAAGAAAUUCAGGAGGUUGCAUGCACCAGGUUCAAAGCCGAGUUCCCCAUUUUCGAUAAGAUUGAAGUGAAUGGAAAGAAUGCUGCACCCCUGUACAAAUUUUUAAAAUCCCAGAAAGGUGGUCUUUUUGGGGAUGGCAUCAAAUGGAACUUCAGCAAGUUUCUUGUUGCCAAAGAUGGCAAGGUCAUGGAGCGAUACGCACCGACCACUUCACCCUUAAAAAUAGAGAAGGACAUCAAGAAGCUCUUGGAAGCUUGAUGAAUUCAUCAACUACCUCUGAAUACAGGUGUAAUGGGAGAUUAUGUCUGAUAAGUUUGAAUAAAAGGAUGAGGAUGGGAAUCUGAGGACUUUCUCAUUGUAGAAAACUAGCUGAUCUUGGAUUGUUAUCUUGUGUGGAAAGAUGUUACAUUAAACUAUUCUCACUUAUGCUUUGGCAAAUUAGCAGAGUUUGGUAAUGUCUUUAUGAUCUGGAAAGCCCAGUGACUUUGUCCA